AGUGAUGUUGAGGGGGCGUGUUCUGCAGUAGUGGUGAUAGAUAAGGCAGAGUCCCUGUGUCACAAGCCUGAGGUGGGGGAGGUUGGACCCAAGGUGCAGGAAACUCAAAACCACACAGAGAGAUGCAGAGUACAACAAAUAAAAAAAACCUUUUUUCCAGAGACCGGGAGGUGAAAUAACAAAAGGACUGGAAUCCAAGUCUUCAGCCCAACAAUCCAAGCAUCCAAAAAUCAGAGAUAUAAACUUACAAACAGGGAACACUGGAGCACAAGCAGCAAACGUGUUGAAAAGACAAUGACCCAACAACACCGAAGGACAAGACAGGGUUUUAUACACAGAGGGCAGUGAUCAGGAGACGAGAAGCAGGUGCGUGGGGAGAGAGAACUGAGGGGAGACUGUUGAAAUCAGUAAACUAAAUGGGAAGGGAAAACAAAGUAGAGGAGGGGAUGAAACCAUAACCUGACUAUACAUAAAUAAACCUAAACAGAAGAAUAAGGGCACAGGAGAACCAAAGAUAAGGAGUGACAGAACUAAAUACAUUGAACGGUAUGGGAGACUAAUUAACCAAGUGGGGAAGGAACAUAAAAGUACUGAAGGGGGGAAACUAAACUACCAUAAACAUACAAUACUAAGGAUAGGAAAGCUCAUAAACUUGAAACAAGAACUUAAAUGGGAGAUCUAAUAAUGGGGAACAAGGGGGAAACCUGGAAGGGGCUGAGGAACACAGGGAUGCAGAACGUGACACCCUGCUAGUGACUUGAAUGUAAAUACAAGAACCGUGAUCUCAGUGCAAAAUUUUGCCGUAAGCAACUGCAGUGCGUGUAAUACUGGAGUGAUGCUCUCCCAAAUUUUCACUCCGGUAAUGAAUGUCGCUGCAGCGUUCUGAACCAUCUGCAGCUUUGACAGUGUGGAAGUGGUCAGACCAACAUGCAAAGAGUUGCAGUAGUCGAGUCUGGAAAGCACAAAUGCAGAUGUUACAAUCUCAAGGUUCUUUCUGGAUAGUUUAGGCUUAAUCCUUGCAAGGCGCCGGAGUUGAAAACAGCAGGAUCUCACUACACAGUUCCCCUGUGCAUCAAAGGUCAGUCCAGAGUCCAAUCACCAAGGUCUGUUCCCAUUUUACAUUCAAAUGGUGCCAAUGAUAAGAGGUCUAUGCUACAUGGCUGAUGGCCAUUAGGUGAAAAAACAAAUGACUUCAGGCUUGCCCUCAUUGUAACCUAAAAGGUUUACUGACAACCAUGAAUGCACAUCUUCUACGCACACCACCAGAGACUUAAUCAAGCCAGACAGCCCCUUUUUUGCUGGCAGAGAAAUCUGGCAGUCAUCGGUAUACAAAAGAAGUCAAUACCGCACCUGCGGAAGAUCAGGCUGAGUGGGAGCAGAUAGAUUGAAUAGAGCAGGGGACCCAGCACAGAUUCCUGAGGGAGCCCCUUUUCAGCUGUUUCUGGGACGAUGAGUGAUUCUCUGUAGAAACACUCAGUUCUAUCAGUCAGGUAGGACUUCAACCAACUCAGACCUGCUCCUGAAAUCCCCACCCACUGCUCUAGCUGUUCCAGCAGGACCUGAUGAUCCACAGUAUCAAAUGCUGCAGACAGGUCAAUAAGCAGCAAUGCCACCGCCUCCCUAGCAUCAGUUGCCAGGAUUACAUCGUUGAGCACCUUUAAGAAGGCAGUUUCAGUGCUAUGCCUCGAUCUGAAUCCAGACUGGUGUAGUUCUAGGAUCGCAUGGGUGGUCAAAAAUAGAGAGAGCUGAUCAUAAACUACCUUCUUCAAUAUUUGUAACAGAAAAGAAGGUGCAAGAUUGGCCUGAAAUUGGAAAUAACUCCUGGGUCCAAAGCUGCCUUCUUGAGCGGGGGCUUCACCACCGCAUGUUGAAAAGUGUGAGGCACAAGGCCGUGACUGAAGCUGCUGUUUACCAGAUACUACCGAAGGAGCCAAGACAAGAGAAACCACUUUAAAGAACCAGGCAGGCAAGAUAUUACUCGAGGAACCUGACCGCUUCAUUCGGGAGACCAGUUUCAGCACAUUGGACACGGGUAAACGAACAUGAGACACCUGUCAUCCUAGUCAGGGAAGGCAGGUUGGACCUGGAUCCGACCCAGAAACUAGGUUCUCUGGCCCGUUAGGGAUUUUUAAAAGAUCCCCAUUUUCUUCUGGAGCUCAGCACAGACCUCCUUGACUUGGUUCCGAAAACUCCACCAUGGGGUUCUGAAGGAUAGGAGGCACGUUGAACUCCCAUCACAUCCCUGGGAUUGUAAUCCUUUGGUCUGAAGUGCGCACCACAAACAAUGGUGUUUUCAGCUGCAAAAAACGCACCAGGAAUGGAACAUGGUCUUGUUCAUUCUCUUAUUUGGAAACCUAUGGACUCGAUGUCUGGCCAAACAAAAUAGUUUACCAUCCAUCCAUCCAUCCAUCCAUCCAUCCAUCCAUCCAUCCAUCUUUUUCUUCUCAUCCAGAGUCGAGUCGCGGCAGCAGCAGCCUAGGUCGAGAGGCCCAGACUUCCAUCUCCCCAGCCACUUGGGCCAGCUCUUCUGGGGAAACCCCAAGGUGUUCCCAGGCCAUGGUCCCUCCAGCGUGUACCUCACCAGGGACUCAUCCAGGGGGCAUCCUAAUUAGAUACCCGAGCCACCUCAAGUGGCUCUUCUUGAUGUUUAUGUUUACUUAUUUGGCAGUAGGGUUGUCACGGUGUGAAAAUUUAACCUCACGGUUAUUGUGACCAAAAUUAUCACGGUUUUCGGUAUUAUCACGGUAUUUUUUUAAACGUGUUACAUUUUCAGACAACUAAAUAAACCCUGUAUAUCAGGAAAAUAUUGUCCUCAGUUUGUGUCAGAAUUUUGCCUAAAAUUUGUUACUUUGUAAUUAUGUUGUUUAUUUGUUUACUUUUUCCCCCUUUAGUCUUUAAAAUACCAAUAUUUGCCCAUAACUUCUUAUUUUUUGUCUGUUUGAUGUCGUCAUUUAAAAAAUAUUAGAUCAGAUGACACUCAGUACUCAAGUAGCCUUCUAAUCAGAUACUUUUUACCCUUACUUGAGUAAUAAACCCUAUAUCAGGAAAAUAUUGUCCUCGGUUUGUGUCCUUCCAGUGAGCUUUGCAGAUGUGGGAAAAUGUCAUCAGGCAGUAAUCAUUGUUAAAUUCAUAAUUAUUCUCGGAGAGAGACCAACUCUUAUCUGCCCCUGGGAGCCCCGUAAUGCAUAGCAUCAUUUCAAUAUGGGGGUGUCCGUGACACGGUUUAUAUGCAGGUAGCGGCGCUGCGGCUGCUUUAUAUAGCGACUCGUUGCGGUCUCCCUCAACGCAAAUCCUCGGAUCACGCAUUUUAGCAAAAACGCUAACGUUAGCUUGCCUUGUGUUGACUGUAGAGUUGUGGGUGAUGGUCACGCAGAUGUGUCAUGAGAUUUGAAGCGUUGCUGCCUUUCACAGACACUUUCUGCACGUGCUGCAAACAGGAUAGACGUCUUCUAUCAACUCGGCAUUCUUCAAAUAUCCAAAAAAUGCCCGUACUUCCCUCUUUGUCUUCUUUGAGAGAUAAUAAAUGUCCUGAGCACUGCCGUCUCCUCCUUUGGCCAUUAUUUCAGCUUUAGCUUCAAGAAAAUUUUGGCUGUAAACAACAAAGUGCGCAUGUGCCGCCGGUGUACCAUCAAAUCACGCUCCCCCAUCAUUUAAUGCUUCCCCUAUAGCUCCGCUCCGCCUUAGCGUCAAAAGUGCUGCUCGGCUCCACCCAGGCGGCAAAAAGAAAACCCGCGCUUGAUGGGGGAGCGCGAUUUGAUGGUACACCGGCAACUUCAGCAGAUGAUACGGUGGCUGGUAAGGGUCCCCGCGCCUACACCACAGCGACGGUAAUCCACCGAGAUAAUAUAGUUUUUUAAAAACAAGACGGUAUUAUUAUCGUCUACCUUUUUACCAGGGUUUACUGCUACACCGGUUACCAUGACAACCCUAUUUGGCAGAUGCUUAUAUCCAAAGCGAUGUACAAUUGGUAACCUAUAGGGCAUGUUGUGAUCUGUGGGGGAAACCGGAGUACCCGGAGGAAACCCACGCAUGGAAGAGGAGAACAUGCAACUCCACGAAGAAAGGCCACAGCCAAGUUUCAGACCUGCAACCUUCUUGCUGUGAGGCAACAGUGCUAACCACUGCGCCACCAUACAGCCAUGUGGAGGAGCAGCAGGUCUACUCCAAGCCCCUCCCGGGUGACCGAGCAUCUCUCCCUAUCUCUAAGGAAGAGGCCAGCCACCCUGCGGAGAUAGUUUACCAUUUUUAAGAAAAACAAAUGCAAUCCAAAACUAUUGAACACACACUGACUCGAUAACACAACCUCUCUACCCAAAACGACCUACUCGCCACACUGAGCUUGAGGCAGGACUAGCUUAUAAACCCCUGUCGUUACGUCAGAGGUUAAGAUUAAAACAGCCUUUUUAGAAGCGUAGCUAAAAAAGUCCACUUUUUACUCAAGAUAAGGGGCCGCUAUGUAUAAAAUACAGACAAUAAUCGCUCCAAACAGUCUUUUUGGACAGCAUUUUACAUGAAAUAAAAAAAUGAAACCUGCAAUUUGCUCAUUAACUCUUAGUGAAUUUUCUUUAACGUCAGUCAAGUUCAUGAGAAAAAUAGAGAUUCUAAAUAUGUGACGAAUUUUUCAGAUGGACAGCCUGCCCAUUUCUCUCAUAAUUCUCUGGGAAGAAGAGAAGGAGAUGAGGGAGAAAGAAGAUUUCCAGGAACUCCAGAGAUGCGGAAAGGAUGGGAGGAGGCGCUGCAGAGGCUGGCUGGUCAGGUGGUCUCAUACCAUUUCUGUCAGGCUGAUAACUGUAACACCUGUCUGGUUCCUGAGUUUGUCCACAACAUGGCCGCCUUGUUGAGCAGUGCUCCUCAGCUGGCAGCCUAUCGAGAGCUGCUGUGUCAAUCACCACCCCUACAGAGCAUGCUCAGCCUCCGUUCCUGCAUCCAGAAUCCAAGUUCAGCUCUACAGAGGGGAAUACUGGAACCGUUGGAAUCUCUCCAUAAAGAGAGAAAGUUUUAUUUGGACGGGGCGGGGCUUAUUAUUGUGAUUGAUGGGCUAAACGAGGCAGAGUUUCACAGGCCGGACUAUGGAGAUACAGUCACCUCCUUCCUGUCCCGCAAUAUCCAGAGAUUUCCUUCCUGGUUGAAAGUUAUUUGCACUGUCAGGACCAGUCAUCAGGACAUCAGUGGUUCACUUCCAUUUCACCACAUCUCUCUGGACAGGGUGGAGGAGAAUCCCGCCAUAGACCACGACCUGCAGGGUUAUCUGAUGCAGCGUAUCCACAGCAGCGCUGAGAUCCAGAACAAUGUGUCCCAGAGCAAUGGUCGCCUUGACAACACGGCCUUAACCAAACUGAUCUGCCACCUGAAGACCCUGAGCAGAGGCUCAUACUUGUACCUGAAACUGAUCCUUGACCUAAUAGAAGGAGGUUACCUUGUCCUAAAAAGCUCUAACUUCAAGGUGGUUCCUGUUAGCUUAGCAGAGGUUUACCUGCUGCAGCUCAACAUGCGGUUUCCCACCCAAUCAUCAUUUCAGAGAGUUCUGCCUCUACUCAAUGUUACAGUGGCUUCUCUAAACCCACUGAGCGACCAGCAGCUGUUUGAGGCGGUGAAUGCUGGUUCUGUAAGCGGAGGAACUAUUCACUGGGGAGAGUUUGUGCAGCGCUUGCAGCAGCUGUCUUGCUUCCUGCUACAGCGGCAUGAUGGCAACAGGAUGCUGAACCACCCGUCCUUCAGGGAGUGGUUGGUGUGGCGGGAGGAAGGCCAGGACGACCGGUUCCUCUGUGACCUCAGGAGUGGACACACUCUGCUGGCCUUCUGGCUCUCCCGACAGGAUGGGAAGCUGAACCAUCAGCAGACGCUGGAGCUGGGACACCACAUCCUUAAAGCUCACAUCUACAAGGGUCUGAGUAAGAAGCUCGGGGUCUCCUCCUCUGUUCUUCAGGGACUGUGGUUGUCCUACAGCACAGCCAACCUCAGUCCUGUUCUCGCAUCCCUGCACAACCUAUACACCCCAAACAUCAAGGUAAGCAGGUUGCUGAUUGCAGGUGGAGCUGAUCUGGAUUAUCGUACAGAUGUCUUAAACAGCGCCCCCUUGCUGUGUGUCCACGCUCACCUGGGACACACUGAUGCUGUGGCACUGCUGCUGGACCACGGGGCCAAGGUAGAUGCUCAGACAAAUGAUGGGUUGACUGCUCUGGGACUGGCUGCUGCAGCUGGUCAUUUGAAAAUUGUCAUCCUGCUGAGUAAGCACCAAGCCAAGGUGGGUCAUGUGGACAGUUCAGGCCGGUCUGUUCUUGUUCUAUCAGCACAGCAAGGUCACCUGGAUGUGCUGCGUUUCCUGCUGAGGAGCUGUGAAUGGAGCUGCACCACCUGCUGCAGCCAGAGGGGGGCGAGCAAGAGCCAGGCGGUGCAGCAGGCUCUGACUGCAGCAGCCAGCAGGGGUCACACAGAGAUGGUGUCAUACUUAUUGGAUCUUCCUGAGGAAGAUGAGGAAGAGGAACAGAGACCUCAGAUUAACAUUUAUGACAGUUUGUGGGGAGAGACAGCUCUGACCGCAGCAGCGGGACGCGGCCAGCUUGCCAUCUGCAGGCUGUUGUUGGAUCAGGGGGCAGCUGCAGAGCAAAGCAACAGGCAGGGGCUCAGUCCGCUGUCCAGCGCUGUGAGACAAGGUCACUCACAGGUGGUCGAGCUGUUACUGAACCACGAUGUUGAGUUGAACCGGGUUGAUCAGCAGGGUCGAACGGCUCUGAUGACGGCAGCCUCAGAAGGACAUUUAACAGCUGCCCAGCUGCUGCUGGACCAUGGCUCAUCUCUGGACCAGGCUGACAGGGAGGGCUUAACGGCGCUGAGCUGGGCGUGUCUGAAAGGCCAGCUCUUAUUGGUCAGGGAGCUGGUGGAGAGAGGAGCUGACACCGCUCACGCUGACCGCAGCGGGCGCACUCCUCUUGACCUGGCAGCUUUCUGUGGUGACCCUGAAGUGGUCCAGUACCUGGUUGACCAUGGUGCCUUGGUGGAACACGUGGACUGCAGCGGGAUGCGGCCUCUGGACCGAGCUGUUGGCUGCAGAAACACUUCAGCUGUGAUUGCGCUGCUCAAAAAGGGAGCCAAAAUAGGACCGGCGACGUGGGCCAUGGCAACCUCUAAACCUGAUAUUUUAAUGGUUUUACUGAGUAAAAUGAUUCAAGAAGGAGACAAACUUUACAAGCAGGGAAAGGUGAGGGAGGCUGCUCAUUUGUAUCAGUCAGCUCUGCCGAAGUUUCCCAGCGAUGAGCUGAAGUCCUUCAGACAGCUCCGAGUUUGUGUGCUUCUCAAUUUGUCCCGCUGUCGCCGCAAACUGGACGACUUCAGCCUUGCAGAGGAGUUUGCAACCAAGGCUCUGGAGCUAAAAACUAAAUCCUAUGAAGCCUUUUAUGCUCGUGCUCGAGCCAAGCGGAGCCGCAGACAGUUCCACGCUGCUCUGGAGGAUCUGAUGGAGGCCAGCCGUCUCUGUCCAUCCAACCGGGAGAUCCAGCGCCUGUUGUCAAGGGUCAAAGAGGAGUGUCUUCAGGCUGAACAACAGCAACAGGACUCUGCUCCUUCAUCUCAUCAGCUUCAUCAACAAACCAUAGCUUUGUCUGUCUGUGAGUCCAGGUGCGAAGAUCCAGCCAGUCUUCAGGCGCAGGACAGGAAAAGCCAGAACAAAGAAGAGGAACAAGCAAAAAACAAGGACAGAAGCUGUACUUUUUAUGCAAAGCAAGUCUCAAGUCCCACCCACUCAGCAGGCGUUUCCUCACCCAGUCAACCCAAGCCUCUUUCUGUUUCCCCUCCGUUUCCCAAUGUCAGCACUCUGCCUUCAUCCCAGCAACAACGACAGCAAACUCCCUCGCUGCUGGAAAGUGUAACUGGAGAACUGUCCCACCAGUCACCGUCGUUCCCAGCCCUCCACAACUCAUAUCAAAAUCAGGAGGUGCAGCAGAACCACGCUGCAACCAGCCAGAAGUCUCUUCUAAAGCAGAACCCUGGCCAAGUCCAGUGGCUCCAGCAAGCCAAAGUGGAGGUGGUCAGAACCAGUCAACCUUCCUCUUCAGCCCACUCCAGCAUGGUACUGGGAGGGUCGGCCUACUCCCAGUUUGCUCAUCUUCCUCAGGAGUUAGCCGAAUUGGGGGAAGGCUUGUUUCCAAGUCCUUUAGAUGUCAGGUCUUCUCAGCAGGUUUGUGCUGCUCCACAUGCUGUGGGAGAUGUGAACGUCGCCCUUGUUUGCAAGGCGAGAACUGCCUCUCCCUAUGGGAGAGGGUCAGGAGCAGACAAGACGGGAGCUAAUCCUUUAUUCCAGCCACGAAUAUUCAACCAUAACCAGUCCAAGGCAGCAUGCUACCCAAUGGAGUUUACGGAGACAGCAAAGGGAGAUCCCGAUAAACCUCGUCCACCACUUGACUAUCAGUACCAACACCAGAGUGGGUGUCGGCACCCACUCAGCACCCAUCCAACCACUAUGUCUGCUCCUCUCAGGCCCCUCAUUCACUCCCAAAGUGUGAGUGCUCCGUUCUCAUCUAGCAGUGGAAGCAUUACUAGUGGGCCACCAAAUCUAGUCCAAGGCUUCAGGACCUCCGCCUCUGCCCAGCACAUGGAUCUACCUUCAGAUUUUGUGGAAGGAGUUUGUGCUUAUAAGGAAGACUUUUUGCCUAAUUCUACUUCCCAAUCAGAAGUGAGCAUUGCAGGAGGUGGGUCAUAUCCUGGAGAAGCAGGACACUCAUCAAGGAACACUCCGUUUAUGGGUGUAACCGACAAGACAGUUAGGGUGCACCAGCAGCAAGCUCCAUCAAGUUCAGCAUUUUGCCUCAGUCCUUCCCGCUCCUGGGCCAUGUCCUCAGUGGACACAGUUGUUACCUCCCCCAGCAAAAACCCUGCUAGCCAUGGAGGCUUUGCUCCACACCAAACCUCGUCCAUUGCUUACUACAACCGCAGCAACAACAACGCCCACGGUGGCCCCCUCCAUGACAACCAGCUGGACUUUUGUGAGGUGGUUCUGGGUAACGGUCAACAGGGUCCAGGUUUGGUACAGGUCACUCAUCAGAAUCCCUCCUAUAAGGAUGUAAAAGUGUCUCGAACACUGCCGGUUGCCCACAGCUGCUCAGACAGGCCAACAGGGAGAAGAACCGGUCCGACAUCUCCUGUCAAACCAAAAAGACCAUUUGUGGAGUCAAAUGUGUGAUGGGGAAUGGAGGUGGAUGUUUGCCCAAAGGAAUCGUAUAUUGGAACAUUCCAGGAUUUCCUGGAGCUGAUCUGCUCAACACAAACUUCUUUCUAAGUUGUUCAAGUGGCUAAAGUACCAAUAGCAGUUUUAUCACAAAGUCUCAGUUUUUACUAAAACUGGCAGCUUUUAAUCAGCUGUUAGUAAGUCUGGUGUAACCAAGAGGUGGCUGAAGACGUUCUCAGAAGACCAAUAGACACUUGAGAGAAGAGUUGGUGCUUUGUCCAUAGUUGGUUUCAACACGAUAAGCUUAUGUUACACUCAUGAACAAAGAAAUAUGAAGCAGUGACUGACAGAAACAUGAAAUAAACACAAUCAUCACCUGUCAAAGCACAAGAUGGAAGAGGAAGAUGAUCAGAAAUCAGAAAAACACUUAAAUCUGAUUCUUCUUCUCAUGUCCUGUCCUCUGGCUUCAGUCGGACAAAUGGGAGUUUCCUGCAUCCUGAUGGAGAACAUUGUGUCUGACUGAACGAGACGAUCCAGGCUUUAGGAGCUGUGCUAGUCCAGGGCCGUAUCAGGACUGCCGAGCCACAUGCUUACAAACAACGACUCGGCUGUUCUUAGAUAAGCGCUGGUAUUCUGUGUGUACAAAGCUGUAUUUAUCUUCUGUAUUUAACUACAAUUUUCUAAGUUGUUGACAUUUUACUCAUUUCAUUUUUAUGUUUGUACUCAUCUGUACUUCUUUAGAGGAAUUCCCAUGUGGAACACACACACACACACACACACACACACACACACACACACACACACACACACACACACACACACAAAUAUACAUACAUACAUAAAACCCACAGUGAUCACAGAAAUAACUUGAAUUUGGUAAAAAUAAUAAUAAAUUAAAAUUCUGUGAAAUGUAACCAAUGAAAUACAGACAUUGCUUUUCAACCAUGCUUCUAUGGAAUUAUUUAAAAAACUUAACUUGUGGAACAGGCUUGGACAAAAAUGAUGGUACCCUUAACUUAGUAUUUUGGUACACAACCUUUUGAGGCAAUCAAAUGAUUGACUUCUGCACCUCUCAGCAGGUAUUUUGGCCCACUCCUAAUGAGUAAAUGCUCCAGUUGUCUCAGGUUUGAAGGGUGUCCUUUCCAGGUGGCAUGUUUCAGCUCCUUCCGAAGAUGCUCAAUAGGAUUGAGGUCAGGGAUCGUAGAAGGCUACUUUAUGUCUGCCCAUAAUCUUCUUCCUUUUCUUCAAGUGUAUGUGCUGCUGUAGCAAGUGACUUUCCCCACUGUGGGAUUAAUAAAAUCUGUUCUGUUCUAUUUAUAAUAGUCCGAUGUUUUCUCUUAGCCAUUCUUGGGUGAGUCUAGCUGUGGUCGUUGUCCCGUUGCAAGACCCAUGACCUGUGAUUGAGACCAAGCUUUCUGACAGUUGCCAGCCCAUUUCUGUCAAAUCCAUUGAUAGUCGUGAUAUUUCAUGGUACCCUGCACAGAUUCUAAACACCCUGUGCCAGAUGUAGCAAAAAAUGACAGAGCCCCCUCUAUGUUGCACAUAGGAACUGUGUUAUUUUCUUAAUAUGCUUCAUUUUUCUGUCUGUGAACAUGGACCUGAUGUGCCUUGAUUGGCAAAAGUUCCAUCUUUGUCUCAUCAGUCCAGAGGACAUUCUCCAGAAGCUCUGUGGCGUGUCAACAUGUAGUUUGGCAUAUUCCACUCUGGCUUCUUUAUGGUUUGUUUUCAACAAUGGAUGGUGUCCUCCUUGGCUAUCUGCCAUGUAGUCCACUUUGCCUCGAACAACGACGGAUGGUGCGACCUGACACUGAUCUUCCUUCAGUUUGAAGUUCAUAUUAGAUCUCUUUAGAAGUUUUUCUGGGCUCUUUUGUUACCAUUCAGAUUAUCCGUCUCUUUGAUUUGUCAUCAGUUUUCCUCCUGCGGUCCAGGGAGGUCGGCCACAUUCCCAUGGAUCUGAAAUGUCUGAAUAAUAUGUGCAGCUGUAGUCACAGCAACAUCUAGGUGGUCUCAUGGCCUUUACCUUUAACAUGCUUGUCUAUCAUUGUCUUUCUAGUCUCCUGGGACAACUCUUUCCUUUGCUUCCUCUGGUCCAUGUUGAGUGUGGUACACACCAUGUCACCAAACAACACAGUGACUACCUGGAGCCCUAUAUUUAGGCCAACUGGAUAAUAACGAGAUUGUAGACACCUGUAAGCUGAAUAGUGGACACACCUGGAACUAACACGUCCCUUGGGUCACAUUAUUUUCAGUCUUUUCAAGGGGUGUCAUCAUUUUGUCCAGGCCUGUUCCACGAGUUUAUUAUUAUUUUUUAUAAUACAAUUGAAGCAUGGUUGAAACACAAGUCUGACUGGUUAAGCUUCAUUUAAGUUUUAUGUAUUAAAACUUUUGUCAGAUUCAAGUUAUUUCUGUGACCAUUGAAGGUUUUUCUUUCAUUGACUGAAGGGAACCAACACUUCUAUCCACACACACACACACACACACACACACACACACACACAUGCACUCAUGUAUACAUGUCUCUGUGUGUGUGUUGGGUCAGUUUUUUCAUGUCUUAUUGUAAUUUAUGCAAACUCAAGGGAUUCUGACACUAACUGGUCUCUUUGUCUCAACAAAAUUAAUGAGCCACUGAUCACUGUGGGCUUUUACAGAAUCUGUUGUAGUGAAUAUUAUGGGAUGUUGUGGUGGUUUGAUUAGUUCAUGUCACUAAUUUUACUUCACAGAACCAUUCUGAGUUUAUGUAUGAAGAAAUAUUUCACAGGAAGUCAUGUCAUGGCUCCACAGUCUAACAGAUUAUGAAACACCAGUCAGCAAAAGUAACCCCACAUGAAGGUGCCAGCAGAGUGGAUUAAAUCUCCACUUCAACCCAAUUUUCCAUCCUCAGUAGCAGGGGAAUAUGGGUGACAGUUGAUAGAAGACCCCCACACAACCAGGUCUGCGUGGAGCAGCUGGGUCCAGAUCAGAAAUGGAUGUUUACAUUUGUUAUUCAUUUUUAUUAAAGCUCCAACAACAAUCUAA